GCCGCAGCAGCCGUCACAACAACACCGAACUCGUAAAAGGCCGCAGCAGCCGGACCUGCGCACAGAGAACCCGGCAGCCAAUCAGACCACAGACGUUAUUUCAGGAUAAAAUCCAUCCAGGAUGUUUCUGAGGAACCUGCUGCUCGUCUUCCUGACGCUUCUCCUCUGUGCAGGUGCUGAAGACAAAUCCAGGCUCCACAGGAGGCCCUCCUGUGUGGGGAUGAGCGUCACUCAGGCGUGUCCACUGAAUUACUCUCCGGUGUGUGGCAGCGACGGCGUCUCUUACCCCAACGAAUGCUCGCUGUGCGUCCAGCGACUGGAGAAAAAUGCAGACAUUUUGAUUGCGAGAGACGGACCGUGCUGAAGAUGACGCCCUGAUGACGUCACACCCACGCGCAUCAUUCAUGAAUGUAGCUUUUAGCAUGUAGCAUUCAAAUAUGAACGCUAGUGAAUGCAGCCAUAUUUGAUGAAAACUGCAACAGAAAUUGUUUGUGUUUUCAUAUUUCUGUAAACCUUUUAUUCACCUUUUGAUCAAUAAAGAUCUUAUUUUCCUCUGA